AUGUCCGCAUUCGAUCAGCAGCAACAGCAGCAGCAACUCAUGCGCCCAGACAACGUUGAGGAGGAAGAGGAGGACGAGGACGAGGAAGAAGAAGAUGAGGAGCAGAUCCAGGGAGAGUACAACGAGGAGUACUACGGAUCGGAUGUGUCGAACGAGUCGGGGCCAGAGACGAUGCCGUGGAUCGCGUGGUUCUGCUCACUCGGAGGACACCAAUACUUUGCCGAGGUAGCAGACGAGUUCGUGGAGGACGACUUCAACCUGACUGGACUCAACUCCAUCGUCCCCUUCUACAAGGAGGCACUAGACAUGAUCCUUGACCUUGAGCCAGAAGAGGACAGCACAAAAGUUCCUGAUGUAUCGAUUGUGGAAGCAUCUGCGGAGCAACUCUAUGGAUUGAUUCACCAACGCUUCAUCGUGACACGGCAAGGACUGCAGCAGAUGGCUGAUAAGUAUCAGGCUGGACAUUUCGGAAGCUGCCCACGCACCUUUUGUCAGUCAACAAACGUCGUGCCAUGCGGACGCUACGAUCUCCCCGGAGUCGAGACCGUCAAGCUCUACUGCCCCAACUGCCAGGACAUUUACUCACCACCCAGCUCAAGAUAUCACAACUUGGAUGGCGCAUACUUUGGAACGACAUUUGCACACAUGCUUUUCCAUAUUUACCCCGAGUUGGUCCCCAUCAUCCCCAACAAGAUCUACGCGCCUGCAAUCUACGGCUUCAAGAUCUCAGAGUACAGUCGCUGUGGACCACGCAUGCAAUGGCUCAGGAACAAGCAGGAUCCCAAAUCGUUGGACGCCAGUGGAAAGUUGAUCAAGGAUUGCGAUGAUGACGAGAAGUAG